AUGUCGCAUGCCAACCUGGCCCUCGCCCUGACCAACCUCGCUUGCAUCUUCCCGGUGAUGGUGGCCGCAGACCACGGGGACACCGCGACGGCUUGGCUCGCAUUCUUUGCGGGCGCGGCCUCGUUUGUGUACCACCUGUUCGAGUCGCACAAGCACGGCAUGGCGGGCUACGGCGCCUCCCACAGCACAUCGCGUGCGCUGCUUGGCCUUGACCGAGUGGGCGCUGGCCUCCUGAUCUGCCGGACCGCGCCGCGGCUGCUGAGCCGCACGGUCUGGCCGGAGACAUUGCCCGUGGCGUUGCUCGCCUUGAUUUUCCUGGGCCUUUCUGAGAUCCCGGGACUUUCGAAGCCAGUCUACCUGGCGACCCACAGCGGCUGGCAUGUUGCAGCAUUCUACGGGUGUGGGCUUGUCCAUGCCCUGCAUUAUUACAGUGGCGUCUGA